AUGACCAGUAAACGGGUUCGAAACGACGACACCCCAGUCCGCAACACAUCACAAAGUCAUCCCCAGCAGGAGCAGCCUGAUGACGAGCAUACAGAGGUCGAAGAAGACUUCUUAAACACAGCGCGCGGGCUUGCGGAGAUGGCUAUUCCAAGUGAAAUUUCAUCGACACUUACACUCACUUUGCGACAACUGCAGCAAGUUUUCAACUCAAUGAAGAAAGAAAUGACAGAGUUUACAGCAUCUCUAAACAAUACCUCGGCAGACAUAACCGAAUUUCGCAACGAAAUAUCAGACAUGAAAUCUAAACUGAAGGAACUCGACUCCUAUAAAACGGAAGUACAAAACCUGCGGGCGGAAGUGACCUACCUGCGGAAAGAGCUUGCGUCUACAGAGCAGCGGAAAUUUCUCAAAGAUGUUGAGAUAACUGGACUCACGGAGACCCGCGGUGAAAAUCUACAGCAGGUUGUUAGCAUUGUAAGCACCAAGCUGGGUGUACAGUUGGACCCGCGCGACGUCGACGAUGUGAGGCGCGUGGGCAAGAAGGGCGAGAAUACCGCCGCGGGCCUUGAACGGCCCAGACCUGUGGUCCUUACACUCACCCGCCGCGCUCCACGGGACCAAUUACUUCGUGCCGCAAGAGUACGCCGCGAACUUAACACAACAAAUCUAGGCAUCGAAGGAAACAACCGUCCAGUCUACAUCAACGAACAUUUAACUAAAGAAAAUAGAGUUCUUUACAGCAAAGCUCGCUCAGUAAAAAGACAACUAAACUACAAGUAUGCUUGGACAUCCAAUGGAUCUAUUUUUCUGCGCCGAUCCGAAACUAGCUCAGUGAUCCAUAUUACCAGCGAAGUAAUGCUAGAUAAGAUGUUAAAGAAUGUGCAAAAUAAUGAAGGGCCCCCGGCAACAGGUGAGAGCAGGGAUGUGGCAGGAUUACCUCCCUCUGACGCGUCUGUGGACGGCCAGCCUUUUUAG